GAACCCAGGCUGGGGCUGGGGGAGGGCUACCCUCUGGAAAGGAUGGGGCUUUCUACCUAAGCAGGAAGGCCACACGCAGCCCCACCCAGCUGCUGCUCCCAGCCCUCCCCCACUGGGAACCCAAAGCAGGGCCGUGCCCCAAAGGGAGUCCUUGUGUGUGUGUGUGGGGGGGGGUGUUGGGGCGGCAACCUUCUGCCCCCACUCACACAUGCACAGGUAUUUAUGCUGCUGACUUAAGUACCAUUUUCGAGUGUACUACAUGUUUAUUGUCUAAAAAUGGGAAAAACCACCAUUGGGAGAGUAUAGGGAAGAAAAAGUCACCCCACUCCUAAAGAUACACGAAAACUAUUUGGGUCUAUUUCCUGCCUGGCUUUUUCCUACACACACUUCUUGGCACCUUCAAUCAGGAUCCUCAGGACGAACCCCUCCUUGUCUUGGUCCUCAGGAAGGGUACUAGGUCCCCGCUACCUCCGCACCACUGUGCGCUUUGGGAUCUGCCGGGGUCGGGGGCUUAGGCAGGGCCGGGCAGGGUGUGCAGCGACAGCCCGGCCGCCCGAGCGCCGAGAGGCGGGGACACAGCGACAGCAGCGGCGGUGGCUCCGCCCGGGGCCGGCCCACGCUGGGGUCCCGGUGCCUGCAGGGCAGCAGGAGCCGCUCCGGACCCGGGCCCCGCGCGCCGCCUUCUCCCGGGAGGAACGGCCCGGGAGCGAAGCAGGCGCGACGGCACGGCGGCCAGGUAGGCGCCUCUCAGGUCCUUCCGCCCCUCCCGGCCGCUGCAGGGCGCACCUACCGCUGCGCGUCGCAGGCGGGAACGCCGGUGGCCCUGGGCGCGCUUAGAGGCGGCGGCCCGCGGCCCUGUCUCCCGCUUCCCGCCGCCCGCUCCCCGGCGGCCGCGGCGUAGCUUCCGGCUGGGCUGACGUCUGAUCCCGCGGAGUCGCGGGCCGUCGGGGGGCGGCACACCCGCCGGGUGAAGUGACCGCGUGAGGAUGACUCUGGCCCCGGUUCCCCUUCUUGGAGGUCGCGCCCUGCCCCCUCAGGUGCGCGGGUGGGAAGAGAGAAUCGCUGGUGGACUGGGGGAGAGUCCCAGGCCUGCAACCGGCGAUUCCAAGACCCGUCCCCAACUCCAGGACCUGUCCAGCUCUUCCAGCGCUGACAACUCCCUCCCCCAAGCUGCCCCUCCUCAGCUUCCACGAUCCUCCACUCCAUUGGCCAUCACACACUCUUCCAUAGCUGCUGCCUCCCAGAUGCAUCCAGCGGCCCAGAAUUCCACUGCCAUGGCCAGCCCUGGGAAGCCUGGGGCUGGGGAAGCCCAGGAGGAGGAGAGGGUGGAAGAGGGGGGAUCCGUGGGCCCGCGGGAGGCAGUGCUGGAGCAGGCCCGGGAACUGUUUCUGCUGUGUGACAAGGAGGCCAAGGGCUUCAUCACCCGGGCCGACCUGCAGGGUCUGCAGAGCGACUUGGCCCUCACACCUGAACAGCUAGAGGCCGUGUUUGAAAGUCUGGACCAGGCCCACACAGGCUUCCUCACCGCUUGGGAGUUCUGUCUCGGCUUGGGGAAGUUUGUCGGGGUGGAAUCAGCCCAGGGCUCACUGCCUUCCCGGGCUCCCGAGGAAACCUUUGAGUCUGGCUGGUCCACUGUGCAAGGCCCGCCAGGCUCCCUGGAGGAGGAGGAGGAAGAGGAGGAGGGGUUCUGCACCGCGCUGGAGCAGCUCGGGGUGGCCCCGGUGCUGGCCGAGCAGCCCGCGGUGCGGAAGCUCUGGACCCGGCUGCAGCGCGAGCGACCCGAGCUACUGGGCUCCUUCGAGGACGUUCUGAUGCGGGCGUCGGCCUGCCUGGAGGAGGCGGCCCGAGAGCGGGUCGGCCUUGAGCAGGCGCUGCGGCGGCGGGACUGCGAGCACGACAGGGAAGUGCGGACUUUGUACGAGGAGAUGGAGCAGCAGCUUCGCGAGCAGCGCCUGCGCCUGCGGAGUCAGGACCUCCCCCGGGAGGAGCGGAGAGGCCGCCUGGAGCGGGAGCUGCAGAGCCGCCAGCAAGAGCUGGAGCGUGCAGGCCUGCGGCAGCGGGAGUUGGAACAGCAGCUGCAGGCCCGCGCCGCUGAGCAACUGGAGGCGCAGGCGCAGAACGCCCAGCUGUGGCUGGCCAAUGAGGCCCUGCGGACGCAGCUGGAAAACGCGCAGGAGCAGCUCCGCAGACUGGAGGAAGACGUGCAGGGCCGGCAGAAGCAAACCCAACGAGACGUGGUUGCGGUAUCGAGGAACAUGCAGAAGGAGAAGCGCAGUCUCCUGCGGCAGCUGGAGCUCCUCAGGGAGCUGAACAUGCGGCUACGAGACGACAGGGAUGUCUGUGAGGCCAAGCGACUGGGCAGUGACCACAGGAAGGCUCUGGCUACGGUCUGCCCACGGGGGCCAGCCUGCUGCUGCUGGGUUCACCCCCCUCAGACUCAGCUCUGGCCACCUCACCAGUGCCCGAUGACCAGCCCCGAGUGACUCACUGGGCGUCAGGUGGAGAAAUGUCUGGUGAAGUCCACUCGUCAUGGCUGGGUGCUGCCCACCCAGGAUGUGGGCCCUACCCAGUGGACUGCCUGGCCUGCUUGCCCGCAGUCAUGAAAGAACUAACCCUGUGUGUUCUUAUAUGCCCCUGCAGGUCCCCAUCCUCUCCCCAUUCCAUCAAACCCUUCUCUGCCCAGCAGAAAGCCUUCCUCCAAAUAAAGUCCAUUGAUACAUUGUGA